AUGAGCAGAUACGUGAGCUCCUCACGGGGCCUGGUAAAGACCACACAAUCCAGCCUUCCCACUGUCCAGAUCAUCCAUGAGUCGGUGCCUCGGGCUUCGAGACUCCAAGAACGACCAAGAUGCAGAGCAGCGCUACAGAUUCCACAAGACAGUUCCCUCAAGGCCUUCUCUCUCACUGAAUGGAUCCAAAAGUAUAACAUGCUUAAGCCCACCUUGAUUCCAGAACUGUAUAGGCACUCAGCAGAUCUGCUGUAUAUCCUUGCAGAUAGAAACUUACCUAGGCUCGUCGAGAUGGUACUUGAUCAGGACUCGAAAGAAGAUGUCAGAGGCCAGAGAUAUGGGUACCCCCUUUUUGCGGCCUUGGCACCUGGCUACAGAGACGUAGUCAAGGCCCUUCUAUUUCGAGGCAGAUGCGCUCGAGAUUGCGGUUUCCUGGACCAGCUAGAGCACGGACGAGCGGCUCAAACACAUGAUCAGACGCCCCUUACUUGGGCUGCAGCUGGCGGCCAUGAAAGGGCUGUGAAGGUACUCCAAGCAACAAAAGGGGCCGACCUGUCUUCUGGCAGAGAUGGUCGCACUCCGCUGUCGUGGGCAGCAGGCAAAGGCCACGUCUCCGCCGUACGGCAGCUCCUGGAAGGCAAAGACGUGGACAAGACGAGAGACCACCACAAGACUCAUCGGGGGUAG